AUGGAUUUCACAAGUCGCCCACGGAUGCUGCCCAUAGCCAUACAAAACGGAAGGCACCGGUCGCUGCCGCCGCUGCUACUGCCGGACGUUUCCCGGCUUGGCGUGGUGUCAUCGUCCGCCGCACAUGCACUGCAAAUGCCUCCCGGGACCAGACUGUCGGGCGUGGAAGGGCAACCACGUGGAGGACUCGAGUCGCUGGCGCGCAUCGCCGUGGCCAACGACGUGUCGCCCGUGCACCGCCCGCUGCAACACCCACACUUCCAGCACCCGCCGCUGCCGCUGGCGGCGCCCAGCGCUGCGCCCGUGCGCGCGCCUGGCUCGUCGCCUGUGGGCCCGUCUGCGAGUCUUCCGGCAAGCACCGCCGUUGCCGCGGCGCCCGCAGCGCCGGCGACACCGGCCCCGCGCGCCUCUAAGCGACAACGCGCAGGUCCCUCCUGCGAUACCUGCAGGCUCAAGAAGAUCAAGUGCGACGCCCGCAUCCAGACGCUGUGGCAGCACGAGACGCUCAUCAUGUUCAACGGCAACCGCCAGGAGUCGCUGCACGUGAUACUCACUGCGGACGACGCGCAAGCGGUUUUGGAGCUGCACCAGCGCCACGUCGGCAGCGCCGGUGGCGCUGGCGGAGAGGCCAGCGACGACAAGACAGAACCAACGUCGCCGCAGUCGCCUUCUUCUUCGUCGUCCUGGGCCUCGUAUGUGCAGGCGGUCUUGCGCGAGCAGGCUGGCCCCAAGCGCGACUCUGCCGAGGAGCUUGUGCGUCACGUGGACAAGCUGAUCCUGUUCCAACCGUGUGCAUCGUGUACGAAGGCGAUACGGCCUGUGUCGCGGGAGUCCGGUGGUUCUUCCCCGGUGGCCAAGAGCCCAUCCGCGGCCGCACUCCCUGCCAACACGCUGGGGUGCUGUAGUUUCGCCAAGGGUUACACGAGAGCGGAUAUCACUCUGUUCUCGAGGCUGGGCCAAAAGCUCGGCGCGAGGACCCAGCUCUCGGACUUUACGGUGAACGACUACAAGAAAGCGGGCUAUUGA